UGCCCUCUGCCCUGUGCGACAUAUGCAGCCACAGAUCGAAUCCCACACCGUACCCCCAACGCUCCUUUUUUCCCCGAAGAAAAUAUCCUUCCUCUUGCCCUCGUCAAUGGCUCCUCCAGUCCUCGGUCCUCCUCGCCCUCGCUGCCUGCCGAUGCCGCUCGCUGCCCAUCUCUAGGCAGCAUGGCGGACAAAUAUCACGACGAACAUCCUCCCACGUGCGACAUCCUUCGCAUUCUUUCGCUUGCAAGGCAGAUCGGCGGCGGCUGCCAGAUCCGAUGGUGGUUUCGGCGAGGGGCCGAAGGCAAGAGGCGGGAGCGUGGGAGUUGGCGCUGGCCUCCUCGUGGCCCUCUGUGCCGCCGUCCACUUCGCCCUCUGCCAACAACCUCGCCAGGCCCGUCUCACGCUCUGGCAUCCCACCCAGCAUCCACCCGCGACUCCUCCGAACCCUAGCGCCGGCGCCUCCACUUCGCUUCCUCACCCCAUCUCCGCUCAGGGUCCGGCGGCGGCGAAGGGAAGGGCAAGAUGUACACCGCGAGGAAGAAGAUCCAGAAGGAGAAGGGCCUUGAGCCCUCCGAGUUCGAGGACUCCGUCGCGCAGGCGUUCUUCGACCUGGAGAACGGCAACCAGGAGCUCAAGAGUGACCUCAAGGACCUGUACAUCAACAAUGCUAUCCAGAUGGAUGUUGCCGGGAGCAGGAAGGCUGUUGUGAUCCACGUCCCAUACCGCCUGCGCAAGGCCUUCAGGAAGAUCCAUGUCAGGCUCGUCAGGGAGCUGGAGAAGAAAUUCAGCGGCAAGAUCCUGAUUGGGAGCAGGUUACUCUUUGAAGAGAGACAGAAGAUGCUAAAGUUGAAUUGCAUUUGGGGGAAAAGGGAUGGCAAAAAAUAUUGCCGACAGGUUAACGUGAUACUUGAUCACACAACGGGGACUAAGAUGGAGAUUGGAGACCUCCCUUGGACCUGUCAAUGACCAUGCCAGAGUCAAGAUCAUCCAAGAGUGCUAAAGUUUCACCUUAAAGACAAGAUUUGGGUGUGUUGCUAAUAGACAAGACACGCAAAAGGUUAGGUGCAGGUCGAGGUUCAUCCUCAAAAAGAAAAUUUAUAACACAUCCAAGAGAUAUGAUUUUUGUGUGUAAACAAUUUACUAUAGCCUUAUAUUUUGAGUAUGUAACCCCAUGUAAAUUAUAUUAGAAACGAUACGAUGUGGAAAUUGACUCGGUUUGCACCUUACAAGUGUUAAGCCAAGAUGAGACAUCCUCCUCUUGUAGUUUGGUAUUUGGUACUAUAAAGAUCCCAUUAUGAUGUUAA